AUGGCGGAAGUAUAUGAAGAAUUUGAGGAGGAGGAAGAGGAAGAGGAGGAGGAGAUUGUGGGAGAGUAUGUUGAGCAGACUACAACCACGCGGACUGUCACUGAGCACAAGACUCAGGUCUCUCAGUCCGGCUUGCCCACCAGGAGGGUCAGGAAGAAGGUGAAGGUGGACACCUCCAAGUUCAUGACUCCGUACCUGGCCCACAGCCAGAAGAUGCUGGAGCAGUUCAGCCACAUCAAAUAUAAAAAGGGUCACGACGAGCGCAAAGCCAAGUACACGUCCCUGGCCGAUCCCCCCGAGAUGGAACUGGCCAGGAAGGUGGCCAGUCAGCGCAGCGAUCUCAAAUACAAGGAGGACUACAACAAAAACGUGAAGGGUCAGUGGUGCGAGACGCCCUACUUCGACGUGGCCAUCGGCCGCAUGGCGAUGGACAACAUCAGCGAUAGGAAGUACACUCAACAGUACGAGGACACCAAAGACCAAAUCUACUUCAUGCAAACGGACACGCCCGUUUACGGCACCAAUAAGAAGGCUCGCAUCGCUGCCAGUGAGGUCCAAUACAAGAAAGAGUACGAGAAGUCGAAAGCCCAGUGCGACUACAACACGCUCCCGGCCACCGAGAACCCGCUGCUCCGGCAGCUCAGAUACGCCGGAACCAUCCUCAGUGAUAAAGUUUAUAAGGCCAGCUAUGAGAAGUCUCGGGGCUCCAGCAUCAACUACUGCGACACGCCGAAGUUCCAGAUGGACUCUGUGCUCAAACAGUUCAAUGAUGCACAUUACAAAGACAAGUAUGAGCAGCAGGUGAAGGGCCACUAUGUUGGCAGCUACGAGGACCUCUACAUGCUGCACUGCCAGAAGGUGGAGGAGAUGAAGAACGAGCAACUGUACAAAGCGGAGUAUGAAGACAUCAAAACCAGGUGCUUCUUCCCUCAAACGAUGACGCCUGAAUACGAAGUCACAAAGAAGCUCCAGCAGUGCAAAGACAAAACGUACCGGCAACAUCCGGACCAAGUGAAGUUCACGCAAGUGGAUGAUUCUCCUGUCCUCCUUCAAGCCAAAAUCAAUGCCAAACAGCUCAGUGACGUAAACUACAAGGCAAAGUACGAAGAGACAAAGUAUAAGGGUAACCUGCCCCCAGACUAUCCCUUCUUCAUCCAGUCCAGAGUUAAUGCUUACAACCUGAGCGACAAUUGCUACAAGUAUGAUUGGGAGAAAAGUAAAGCGAAGAAGUUUGAAAUCAAGGGAGACACCAUUUCCAUCCUGGCUGCUCGUGCUCACACAAACAUUGCCAGUGAUGUUAAGUACAAAAAGGCCUACGAGAAGAACAGGGGGCAGAUGGUCGGCGCCCUGAGCAUCAACGACGACCCCAAGAUCUUGCACUCCGUCCACGUGGCCAAAAUUCAGAGUGACCGCGAAUACAAGAAGGACUACGAAAAAAUAAAGACCAAGUACCACUCACCGCUGGACAUGAUUGCCACGACGUCGGCCAAGAAAUCCCAGGCGAUCGCCAGCAUGGCCGGAUACAGGAGCAUCAGCCACAACUACCUGCUCCCUUAUGACAGCGUGCUGCUCGACCUGGCCAAGAAGGCCAACAUCAUCCAGAGCGAUAACGAGUACAAGUCUGACUACAACAGCUACACCAAGGGUUCCCCAUGGGUGCCCUUUGGCUCCUUGGAGGUGGAGAAGGCCAAGAAGGCUGGAGAGAUUCUCAAUGAGAAAAAGUACAGGCAGCACCCAGACACGAUCCCCUUCACUUCCAUCGGCGACCAUCCUGUCAUGUUGCAGGCCAAAGUCAACCAGCUGCAGAGGAGUGAUCUGAUCUAUAAGAGAGGUCUCGAGGAGGUUCAUCAGAAGUACUCUCUGCCUCCUGAUAUUCCUGAGUUCCAGCAGGCCAAGUGCAACGCCUACAACAUCAGCCAGAACACUUACAAGGCUGCCUGGCACAAGCUCAUCGCUAAGGGUUACGACUUGAAGCCCAACGCAAUCUCCAUUAUUGCUGCUAAAGCAGCAAGACACGCUGCCAGUGAUAUCCAAUACAAAAAGGCCUAUGAGAAAGCGAGAGGCCACCACGUGGGCUUCCGCAGCAUCAAGGACGAUCCUCUGCUGGUCCACUACAUGGAAGUGGCCAAAAUGCAGAGCGAGAAGAACUACAAGAAAGACUACCACAAAAGCAAGCUGAAGUACCAGUCCCCAGUGGACAUGCUGAGUUUGGCUCAUGCCAAGCAGGCCACCAAAGUGCAGACCUUUGCUGGAUACAGGAAGCAACACCACACUUACUGCCUUCUGCCCGACGCCAUGAACCUCCAACUUGCCCGCACCAUGAACUACAACGCCAGUGAUAACAACUAUAAAAUGGAUUAUGAGACCUCGGUCAAGGGAAUUGGAUGGGUCCCGAUCGACUCCCUGGACGUGGAAAGGGCCAAGACGGCAGCAUCGGCUCUUGAUGAGAAAAAGUACCGGCAACACCCCUCUACGGUCAAAUUCACCAGCGUCACCGACUCCAUGAACAUGGAGUUGGCCAAGGCCAACGCCAAGAUAAUGAAUAUGAAAGAGUACAAAGCCAGUGGAGAGAAGUUCAUGCACACGUACCAUCUCCCAGCCGAUGCCCCCGAACUGAUGCAGGCCAGAUACAAUGCUGUGAACAUCAGCCAGAAUUAUUACACGCACGCUCAUCGUCAAGAUCUGCUCAAAGGACAUCAUGUGAAAGAGGACUCCAUUCCUAUUCUUGCAGCAAAAGCCUCCAGUCUCAUAGCCAGUGACUACAAGUAUAAACUGGCUUAUAAGAAGGCUAAAGGCCACCACGUUGGCCCACGCAGCAUCAAGGACGAUCCUCUGCUGACCCACUACAUGGAAGUGGCCAAGCUGCAGAGCGAUAAGAACUACAAGAAGGACUACCACAAGAGCAAGCUGAAGUAUCAGUCCCCAGUGGACAUGCUGAGUUUGGUGCACGCCAAGCAGGCCUCCGCCGUGCAGACGUAUGCCGGCUACAGGAAGAUCCCCCACAGCUUCUUCCUGCUUCCAGACAACUUGCAUCUACAGCUGUGCCGCAACAUGAUGACCAUUCAGAGUGAUAAUGUCUACAAGUCAGAUUACAACAAUUACUGCAAAGGUAUCGGCUGGGUGCCCAUCGGUUCGGUGGAUGUUGAGAAAGCCAAAACCGCCACGGCCGCCUUAAAUGAGAAAGGCUAUCGCCAGCAUCCCAGCACUUUCAACUUUACAAGCAAGACCGAUGCCAUGAACAUGGUCCUGGCUUUAAGCAACAGCAAACAGAUGGACCAAACUUCUUACAAGGCCUCUGGUGAGAAAUUCAUGCACACCUACAAUCUCCCAGCUGACAGCCCAGAGUUCCUCCAGGCUAAAUUCAAUUCUCAGACCAUGAGUGAGAGUCACUACAAGCACAAGUGGCUGGAAGAUAUUGCCAAGGGAUACGACCUGAAACCCGAUGCCAUUUCUAUUCUGCAUGCUAAACACGGCAGACAUAUUGCCAGCAACGUUGAGUAUAAAAAGGCUUACGAGAAGGCAAGAGGCCACCAUGUUGGCUUCCGCAGCAUCAAGGACGAUCCUCUGCUGGUCCACUACAUGGAGGUGGCCAAGAUGCAGAGCGAGAAGAACUACAAGAAGGACUACCACAAGAGCAAGCUGAAGUAUCAGUCCCCAGUGGACAUGCUGAGUUUGGCUCAUGCCAAGCAGGCCUCUGCCGUGCAGACGUAUGCCGGCUACAGGAAGAUCCCCCACAGCUUCUUCCUGCUUCCAGACAACUUACACUUACAGCUGUGUCGAAACAUGAAUAUCCAGUCAAGUGAUGUCAAUUACAAAUCUGAAUGGAACAACUAUGUCAGGGGUAUGGGAUGGGUCCCUAUUGGUUCGAUCGGAGUUGAAACAGCCAAACUUGGCGGUGAUAUUCAGAGUGAGAAGAAGUAUCGCACUCAUCCAUCCAAUUUCAAAUUCAGCAAACUGAUGGACUCCAUGGACCUGACGCUAGCGACAGCCAACAACAAGAUCAUGAACAAGAAAGCGUACACUUCUGCUUGGGAGAAGGACAAAUUGACCGUUCAUGUCAUGCCCGACGCUCCCGAGAUUGUCCUUGCCAAGGCUAACUCUCUGAACAUGAGCAAUAAACUCUACAAAGCAGGUGUUGUGGAGAUGGCUAAUAAGGGCUACAACCUCAAAGCAGACGCCGUAUCAAUUUUGGCUGCAAAGUCUGGUACUAACAUUGCCAGUAAUUACAAGUAUAAAUUGGCCUAUGAGAAGGCGAGAGGCCACCACGUGGGCUUCCGCAGCAUCAAGGACGAUCCUCUGCUGGUCCACUACAUGGAAGUGGCCAAGAUGCAGAGCGAGAAGAACUACAAGAAGGACUACCACAAGGCCAAGCUGAAGUAUCAGUCCCCAGUGGACAUGAUGAGUUUGAUCCAUGCCAAGAAGGCCUCUGCUGCUCAGACAAUGGCGGGAUAUAGACAGAUCCAGCACACUAACACUCUCCUACCUGAUGCUAUGAACCUACAGCUGGCACGCACCAUGAACGUCCAAUCUAGUGAUUGGAACUACAAGUCAGAAUGGAACAACUAUAUCAGGGGUAUUGGAUGGGUCCCAAUCGGUUCGAUUGGAGUCGAGACCGCUAAACUUGGCAGCCAAAUCCUGAGUGACAGCAAGUAUCGCACUCAUCCAUCCAAUUUCAAAUUCAGCAAACUGAUGGACUCCAUGGACUUGACGCUAGCGACAGCCAACAACAAGAUCAUGAACAAGCAAGCCUACACCUCAGCCUGGGAAAAGGACAAACUGACAGUGCACGUCAUGCCCGAUGCCCCCGAGAUUGUCCUGGCUAAGGCUAACUCCCUCAACAUGAGCAACAAACUCUACAAAGCAGGUGUUGUGGAGAUGGCAAAUAAGGGAUACCACCUCAAAGGAGAUGCCAUAUCAAUUUUGGCUGCCAAGUCUGGUACCACUAUUGCCAGCGAUUACAAGUACAAGUUGGCUUAUGAGAAGGCAAGGGGCCACCACGUGGGCUUCCGCAGCAUCAAGGACGAUCCUCUGCUGGUCCACUACAUGGAAUUGGCCAAGCUGCAGAGCGAUAAGAACUACAAGAAAGACUACCACAAGAGCAAGCUGAAGUAUCAGUCCCCAGUGGACAUGAUGAGUUUGAUCCAUGCCAAGAAGGCCACUGCUGCCCAGACUAUGGCGGGAUAUAAGAAGCUGAUCCCCCACUACACUGUGCUGCCAGAUGCCAUGAACCUGGUGCUGGCUCGCAACAUGCAGUUCAUCGCCAGUGAUAACCAGUAUAAGAAAGAUUACGACAGCUACGUAAAAGGAGUGGGAUGGGUUCCCAUUGGCUCGAUUGACGUUGAGUUGGCAAAAACAGCUGGAAAAGCUUUAAAUGAGAAACUCUACAGACAACCUCCUGCCAACUUCAAAUUCACCAAAGACAUGCACUCUAUGGAUCUGACUCUGGCCGCAGCCAACAACCGCAUUAUGGAUAAGCAAUCGUACACCAAAGCCUGGGAUGGAGACAAGACUACCAUCCACAUUAUGCCGGACGCGAUGAGCAUUGCUCUGGCCAGAGAUAAUAAGAAAAACUUCAGCGAGAAACUAUACAAGUUGGAUAACGAGCUGUCCAAGAAGAAGGGCCAUCAUGUCUUUGGUGAUGCCAUUCCAAUCCUGGCUGCCAAAGCAUCCACUGUUAUUGCCAGUGAUUACAAGUACAAGACUGGGUACCGGAAGCAGGUGGGCCACCACAUCGGAGCCCGCAGCAUCCAGGACGACCCGCUGCUCAUGCUGGCUCUGAACUCAGCCAGGAUCGCCAGUGAUGCUCUGUACAAGAAGGACUUCAACCAGUCCAAGACCAAGUUCAACCUGCCCGUGGACAUGCUGGCCUUUGAGCUGGCCAAGAAGAACCAGAUCCAGGUCAACCACGCCAACUACAUCACCCGCCUGCACAACUGGACCUGCCUGCCCGACUCCAACGACGUGGUCCAGGCCCGGCACGCCUAUAACAUCCAGAGUGAUGCUGUGUACAAGGAGGAUCUGAAGAUGCUUCAGGGUGUUGGCUGGGUACCAAUUGGUUCGCUGGAUGUUGAGAAGGCAAAGAAAGCAAGUGAAAUCCUGAGUGAGCAGAGGUAUCGCCAGCAUCCCAGCAACUUCAGCUUCAAAUUGACGACGGAGGACAUGCCCAUAGUAUUAGCUAAGGCCAACAAUCAGGUUAUGAACAAGAGCGCUUACAUUGAAGCCUGGCAGAAAGAUAAAACCACCGUUCAUGUCAUGCCGGAUGCUAUGGACAUCCUCCUGGCCAAAGCUAACAAGGUCACCUACAGCGAGAACAAGUAUAAACAGGCAUACGAAGAAGCCAAGAAGAAGGGUUACGACCUACGAAAUGAUGCCAUUUCCAUCAUUGCAGCAAAGGCUAACAGGGAUAUUGCCAGUGAUUACAAAUACAAGACUGGGUACCGUAAGCAGGUGGGUCACCACAUCGGAGCCCGCAGCAUCCAGGACGACCCGCUGCUCAUGCUGGCUCUGAACUCAGCCAGGAUCGCCAGCGAUGCUCUGUACAAGAAGGACUUCAACCAGUCCAAGACCAAGUUCAACCUGCCUGUGGACAUGCUGGCCUUUGAGCUGGCCAAGAAGAACCAGAUCCAGGUCAACCACGCCAACUACAUCACUCGCCUGCACAACUGGACCUGCCUGCCCGACUCCAACGACGUGGUCCAGGCCCGGCACGCCUACAACAUCCAGAGUGAUGCUGUGUACAAGGAGGAUCUGAAGAUGCUUCAGGGCGUUGGCUGGGUACCAAUCGGUUCGCUGGAUGUUGAGAAGGCAAAGAAAGCCAGCGAGAUCUUGAGCGAGCAGAAGUAUCGCCAGCCUCCCUGCAACUUCAGCUUCAAAAUGACGACGGAGGACAUGCCCAUAGUAUUAGCUAAGGCCAACAAUCAGGUUAUGAACAAGAAAGCAUAUCAUGAAAACUGGGACAACGUGAAGACACAGAUUCACAUCAUGCCUGAUGCCAUGGAUGUACUUCUGGCCAAGGUGAACAGUGUCAACUACAGCUUGAAAAAGUACAAACAGGCACAUGAAGACUCCAAGAAGAAGGGCUACGAUCUGCGCAACGAUGCCAUCUCCAUCCUCGCAGCCAGAGCGUCCAGAGACAUCGCCAGUGAUUACAAGUACAAGACAGGGUACCGGAAGCAGGUGGGCCACCACAUCGGAGCCCGCAACAUCCAGGAGGACCCUCUGAUCAUGCUGGCCCUGAACUCAGCCAGGAUCGCCAGCGAUGCUCUGUACAAGAAGGACUUCAACAAGUCCAAGACCAAGUUCAACCUGCCCGUGGACAUGUUGGUUCUUGAGCUGGCCAAGAAGUGCCAGAUCCAGGUCAACCACGCCAACUACAUCACCCGCCUGCAUAACUGGACCUGCCUGCCCGACUCCAACGACGUGGUCCUGGCCCGGAAAGCCUACGACUUGCAGAGCGAUGCUGUGUACAAGGAGGAUUGGAAGUUGCAGCAGGGUGUUGGCUGGGUGCCAAUCGGUUCGCUGGAUGUUGAGAAGGCAAAGAAAGCCAGCGAGAUCCUAAGCGAGCAGAAGUAUCGCCAGCAUCCCAGCAAUUACAAAUUCAAAAUAACAACCGAGGACAUACCCAUGGCAUUAGCUAAGGCUAAUAAUCAGGUUAUGAACAAGAAAGCAUACACUGAAGUCUGGGAAAAGGAGAAGACAAAGGUCCACGUCAUGCCAGAUGCUAUGGAUGUUCUCCUGGCCAAAGCAAACAAUGUCAUCUAUAGUGAUAAAAAAUAUAAGCAGGUGUAUGAAGAUGCUAAGAAGAAGGGUUACGAUCUGCGCAAUGAUGCCAUCUCCAUUAUCGCAGCGAGAGCAAACAGGGACAUCGCCAGUGAUUACAAGACUGGGUACCGGAAGCAAGUGGGUCACCACAUCGGAGCCCGCAGCGUCCAGGACGACCCGCUGCUCAUGCUGGCCCUGAACUCAGCCCGGAUCGCCAGCGAUGCUCUGUACAAGAAGGACUUCAACCAGUCCAAGACCAAGUUCAACCUGCCCGUGGACAUGCUGGCCUUUGAGCUGGCCAAGAAGAACCAGAUCCAGGUCAACCACGCCAACUACAUCACCCGCCUGCACAACUGGACCUGCCUGCCCGACUCCAACGAUGUAGUCCAGGCCCGGAAAGCCUACGACCUGCAGAGCGAUGCCGUCUACAAAGCUGACCUGAAGUGGCUCCAGGGCAUUGGCUGGGUGCCCAUUGGCUCAGUUGAUGUGGAGAAGGCCAAGAAGGCCGGAGAAGCUUUGAACGAACAGAAGUAUCGCCAGCACCCGAGCACCCUUCCAUUCACCAGAACUACAGAUGCCAUCGACCUUGUGCUGGCAAAGAAUAACGCCCUGACUAUGAACAAGCGCCUCUACACUGAGGCAUGGGAGAAGGAUAAGAUCAACCUGCACAUCAAGCCUGACACACCCGAGAUUGUCCUUGCUCAGCAGAACGCUGUCACCAUGAGCCAGAAACUGUAUCGUCAAGGCUUUGAUGAAACCAUCAAGAAGGGCUAUGUCCUUCCUGGAGAUGCAGUCUCUGUCAAGUUGGCCAAGGCCUCUAGGGACAUCAUCAGUGAUUACAAGUACAAGACUGGGUACCGGAAGCAGGUGGGCCACCACAUCGGAGCCCGCUGUGUCCAGGAGGACCCUCUGAUCAUGCUGGCCCUGAACUCAGCCAAGAUCGCCAGCGAUGCUCUGUACAAGAAGGACUUCAACAAGUCCAAGACCAAGUUCAACCUGCCCGUGGACAUGUUGAGUCUUGAGCUGGCCAAGAAGUGCCAGAUCCAGGUCAACCACGCCAACUACAUCACCCGCCUGCACCAGUGGACCUGCCUGCCCGACUCCAACGAUGUGGUCCAGGCCCGGAAGGCCUACGACCUGCAGAGCGAUGCCGUGUACAAAGCUGACAAGGAUGAGGUUAUUGGCGUGGGAUGGAUCCCCAUCGGCUCUGUGGAUGUGAUGAAGGCCAAACAAGCAGGAAAAAUCCUCAACGAACGCCUCUACAGGCAGAGCCCAAACACUCUGAAAUUCAAAACCGACAUGAAUGCCAUGUCCAUGGUCUUAGCUAAAGCAAACGCUGAAGUCAUGAAUAAGAAAAAUUACAUUGCUGCAUGGGAGGCUGAUAAAAUUAAGACCCAUGUGACGACUGACCUUCCCGAGCUGGUGCUGGCUAAAGCCAAUGCCUACAACAACAGCAAGAAACUAUACAGGGAAGCUGUUGAGGAGAUGUUCAAAAAGGGCUAUGACAUAAGGGCAGACGCUGUCUCCAUCAAAGCAGCCAAACAUGGAAGAGAGAUCAUCAGUGACUACAAGUACAAGACUGGGUACCGUAAGCAGGUGGGUCACCACAUCGGAGCCCGCUGUGUCCAGGAGGACCCUCUGAUCAUGCUGGCCCUGAACUCAGCCAGGAUCGCCAGCGAUGCUCUGUACAAGAAGGACUUCAACAAGUCCAAGACCAAGUUCAACCUGCCCGUGGACAUGCUGAAUCUUGAGCUUGCCAAGAAGUGCCAGAUUCAGGUCAACGAUUUCAACUACAGGACUCGUCUGCACAACUGGACGUGCCUGCCCGACUCCAACGACGUGGUCCAGGCCCGGAAAGCCUACGACCUGCAGAGCGAUGCUGUGUACAAAGCUGACAUGGAGUGGGUCAAGGGAAUGGGAUGGGUGCCAAUUGGUUCAGUCGAUGUGGAGAAAGCCAAGAAAGCAGGAGAGAUUCUGAGCGAAAGGAAGUACCGCCAGCACCCCUGCAACUUCAAGUUCACAGCCAGUACAUCUGACAUACCAUAUGCUCUGGCUCAGGCCAACGCUCAGGUUAUGAACAAGAAAGCAUACAUUGACGCCUGGGAAAAGGAUAAGAUCAACAUCCACGUCCUAUCAGACACUCCAGAGAUCAUCCUGGCAAAGGCGAACAAACUCAACACCAGUCUGAAAUAUUAUCGUGAAGGUUAUAUGGACACCAUCAACAAAGGCUACAUCCUUCCCAAGGAUGCCAUUUCUGUCUUGGCAGCCAGGGCACACCGAGACAUCGUCAGCGAUUACAAGUACAAGGCCGGUUUCCGCAAGCAGUGCGGCCAUCACAUCGGUGCCCUCAGCGUCAAAGACGACCCCCUGAUUAUGCUGGCCGCCAAUGCCGCCAGGAUCUCCAGUGACAACAUUUAUAAGAAAGAUUUCAACAAGAACAAGACCAAGUUCAACCUCCCGGUCGACAUGCUGACCAUCGAGCUGGCCAAGAAAUGCCAGACUCAAGUCAACGACUUCAACUACAGGACUCACCUGCACAACUGGACGUGCCUGCCCGACUCCAACGACGUGGUCCAGGCUAGAAAAGUCUACAACCUCCAGAGCGAUGCUGUUUACAAAGCAGACCUGGAGUGGCUGAGGGGAUGUGGCUGGUCGCCUCAGGACUCUGUGGAUGUCAUCAAAGUUAGAAAUGCUCAGAAAGUCAUCAACGAAAGGCUGUACCGCCAGCCCCCAAGCACCAUCAGUUUCACCAGCGUGGUCGAUCUCCCGGCGAUUGUCUUAUCCAAGCAAAAUGCCGACAACCUGAGCAACUCGAAAUACAGGGAACUCUGGGAUAAGGAGAAGGUCAACUUCCAUAUACCAAAAAAUGCUCCAAGCUUUGAACUGGCCAAAGCAAAUGCUAUCACAAUCAGCAACAAACUGUACACAAAGGCGUGGGACGACCAGAAAGCGAAAGGCUACCACAUCAAGGAGGAUGCUAUCUCUGUCCUGAAAGCCCGAGCUUCCAGAGAUAUCGUUAGCGAUUACAAAUACAAGACAGGGUACCGGAAGCAGGUGGGCCACCACAUCGGAGCCCGCUGUGUCCAGGAGGACCCUCUGAUCAUGCUGGCCAUGAACUCAGCCAGGAUCGCCAGCGAUGCUCUGUACAAGAAGGACUUCAACAAGUCCAAGACCAAGUUCAACCUGCCCGUGGACAUGCUGAGCCUUGAGCUGGCCAAGAAGUGCCAGAUCCAGGUCAACCACGCCAACUACAUCACCCGCCUGCACCAGUGGACGUGCCUGCCCGACUCCAACGACGUGGUCCAGGCCCGGAAGGCCUACGACCUGCAGAGCGAUGCUGUGUACAAAGCCGAUAUGGAGUGGCUGCGGGGCUGUGGGUGGAUGCCACACGAGAGUGUGGAUGUCAUGAAGGUGAAGCAUGCACAGAAGGUCCUCGCCGAGAGGGGCUACCGUGUCAAGCUGGAUGAACAGAAGUUCACAUGUCCUACAGACAGGAUUGAUAUGGUCCUUGCCAAGAAUGCUGCCGACGUCCUGAACGAGGCCAAAUAUCGUGAGGCUUGGCACCAGGAUAAGACGAAGUACACUCUGUCGGACACUCCAGGUUUCGCCACAGCCAGAGAGGUGGCUAAAAACGUUCACCCGAAACUGUACACGGACGCCUGGGACAAGGUGAAGUCCACAGGAUACUUCAUACCUGCAGAUGCUGUGCCCAUCAAACAGUGCAUCCACACAACUAAAGUGCAAAGUAAUCAUAAGUACCUGGAAAGUUACCGGAAGCAGGUGGGUCACCACAUCGGAGCCCUUAGCGUGCAGGACGACCCGCUGCUCAUGCUGGCUCUGAACUCAGCCAAGAUCGCCAGCGAUGCUCUGUACAAGAAGGACUUCAACAAGUCCAAGACCAAGUUCAACCUGCCCGUGGACAUGCUGCAGUUUGAGCUGGCCAAGAAGUGCCAGAGGCAAGUGAAUGACGACAACUACAGAACCCGCCUGCACAACUGGACCUGCAUGCCCGACUCCAACGACGUCAUCCAGGCCCGCAAAGCCUACGACCUGCAGAGCGAUGUCGUGUACAAGGCUGACAUGGAAUGGAUUCGCGGCUGCGGGUGGGUGGCAGCUGACUCUGUUGAACACGUCAAAGUCAAGAAGGCCCAGCACAUUCUUAACGAGAGGCUUUACAAGAAGGACGCCGUCGACCAGUUUGCGAAAUUCACCCUGGUCGUGGACCGUCCCGAGAUCGUCUUGGCUAAAGUGAAUGCUGCCAACCUCAGCGAUCUGAAAUACAAAGAGACCUUCAAUGCAGAAAAGGGUCAGUAUAUCGGUUCUGAGGAUACACCCCAGCUGGCGCACAGCAGGGAGGUGGCAAAGAUCAUCAGUGAGAAACACUACAAAUUGCAAUGGGACGAGUCCAAGGCCGCAGGGUAUAAGCUGGAUCAGGCAUACAUCCCGCUUCUCAGGGGCAAGCAUGGCAGGACGAUCGCUAGCGAUGUGAAAUACAAGGAGAUACAUGAGAAAGCCAAGGGUCACUACAUGGCUGGAACCCUGGUGGACUUCCCUGAGGUGAUGCGCUGUGGAGGACAGGAGAAGAACAAAGGACUGAGAGUCUACCAGAAGGACUACCAUCAAACCAAGACCAAGAUCCACCUCCCACCCGACAUCAUCGCCAACAAGGUGGCUAAGAAGUGCCAGGACAUGUUGAGCGACGUCCUAUACCGCACAUACCUGCACCAGUGGACCUGCCACCCCGAACAGGAGGACGCCAUUCGCGCCCGCAAGACCAAUGAAAUUCUCAGUGAUGUUUUCUACAAAGACGACCUGAACUGGAUGAAGGGUAUCGGCUGCUAUGUCUGGGACACGCCGGAAAUCAUCCGAGCCAAGAAGUCCUACGAGCUGCAGAGCGAACUGAAAUACAGAGUGGACGCCAAGAAGGAAUUCAACAACUACUCCAUAGUGACAGACACUCCGGAGUAUGUGACGGCUGUCCUGGGUCACACCUGGGCCAGUGAGCUCAGCUACCGGGAGGCGUACCACAAGGAGAAGCACCUGUACACCACCGUUCUGGACACCUACGACUACGCCAGGUGCCACAACUUCAAGCACUUCUUCAGCAACAAAAACUACACGGCCGCCUGGGAUAAGAUCAAAGCCAAGGGCUACCAAAUCCCUCACGACUCGCACGCCAUGGAGCACGCCAAACACCAGAAGGUCAUCCUCAGCCAUGUGAAGUACAAGGAGGAUUACGAGAAGUUCAAAACCCUUUACAGUCUUCCCAAGUCCCUGGAAGACGAUCCUGCCACUGCCCGCUGUGUCAAAGCCGGAAAGCUGGUGCUGGAUCGCCUGUACAAGGAGAACUACGAGAAGACCAAGGCCAAGAACCACAUCCCCCCGGACAUGCUGGAAAUCCUGUCUGCUCGCAACACCCAGUCCACCGUCAGCGGGAUCAACUACCGCAAGUACCUGCACCAGUGGAUCUGCAUGCCCGACAUGCAGGUGUACGUCCAGGCUCGCAAAGUCAACGAGCAGCUCAGUGACGUCUUCUACAAGGACGACCUGAACUGGCUCAAAGGAAUUGGUUGCUACGCCUGGGACACCCCAGAGAUCCUGAGGGUUAAGCACGCUGGUGACCUCCAGAGCGAGAUUAAGUACAGAGCCAAAGGCAUCGAGGCGUUCAAGGAGUACUCUGUGGUGACGGAGACUCCAGUGUACGAGACGGCCAAGCAGAACGCCCAGAACCUGAGUGAUCUCAACUACCGUCAAGAUUACAACGCCAAUAUCAAGGGAACCAACAGCUCGCCUGCUGUCACCGUCGAGACAGAAAGAGCCCGGAUGGCCAACUACAUCCAGAGUGACGCUAAAAGAUAG